AUGAGAAGAGUAAAGAAAAAUAUCCAUUUUUUACUUUUACUAUUGCUAAUAGCUUGUUUUGUAAAAUCUUAAACAGUAAACAAGUAGAAACUUCUUCGCUUGCAAUCGAAUGAAACAUAUGUUUAGAGCUUCUCAGAAUUUAUUAAUGAACCAGCAAUAUAAUUUAGUGUUAAUCCUUCUGAUUCAUAUAAGAUCGUCUAGCCCUAUGUACCACUCAUUACUUACUAAGAUUCACCUCCUUUGUUGGAAAUUCUUGCAACUUUUAAUUAUGGUCCUUCAACAAAAUUCAACAUAGAAAUACAGUAGCAGACUACUUCUUAACAAACAAUAUAGCUUUUUUUGGUUUAUCAAUAAUUAAGCAUCGAUCCUUCAUGCUCUUGUGUUAAGUAAAUUACAUUUACCCCUUUUCUAAUUGAUGAAGUUUCUUCGAUACCUUAGUAAUUGUAUGGUAGCUUCUUUUCAUAUAACUAAGGAUUCAUAUCUUAUUAAUUAGGAACAAAUAUUGUCAAGUCUUUUAGAUUCCUUAUAAAUAGCUAGAGUUCAGCACAAAUAAUUCCUCUUACUGGUGUUUAACUAUAUCAGCAUGUUGCAAUUUUAGGUUCAAAUAACUCAAUUUAUAUCAUUCAGUAUAUAGAAAAUACUGAAUAUUGGUUGAUUAAAUUUGAUUCAUAGUUCAAUUCACAAAUCUUAUAGAAGAUUGGUGAAAAUUGUAAUUCUUCUUUCUCGUUGAUUGACACUGGAAGGUACUUUUUUAACUAUUGUCGUAAUUUAGGUGAGAAUUAAAUAAAAACUGCAUCUGUUGAUUUUUCAUCUGAAAAACUUAUUUUGGACGCAUUUCCUUUGACUUCAAAUGAAUUUGGUAUACCUUUAAUUAAAAGAGUUGGAAAUAAUAUUCUCAUAGGAAUAAUGAGCUCUAAUAGUUUUUCUGUUCACGAAAUAAAUUCAAACGAUGGUGUUAUUAAUGAACCAUUUAGUUACUCUUCAUAUUCAAUUAUCAAUCAGUUUUUACCAAGAGUUGAUUUUGUAUCUUCUAAACUUAUGGUUGCAUAUUCCAAAAUAAAUAAUUCCAUAUAAUUAUUUGAUAUAAAAAAAUAAGUAGCAGUUUAUCAAAUCUAAGUUAGUAUGAGUGGAUUUGUUGUUAAAUUCGUUGAAAGUUUAGGAAAUUAGAUAAUAUUAUAUAUUUAUGAUUCUAAUGAUAAGUACUUUACAACUAUUGUAGCUGAAGUAAAUAUGCCUUCCCUUUUAAUUCAAACAACUUCUUCUACCACAUAACCUAUUUAACUAUCCAUCUAGACAGUUUCUUCUACUACUUAUAAGAUAUCAAUAAAUGUGUAAAUUGUUUAACAGAAUACAGUCCUUUUCGCUUAAAGUGAAGCCAUUUUGGAGAACACUUUCUCAAAUAUUAAACAAGAAAACUAAUUUACUAUCCCUAUUGAGGAUUACAUCAUAGGAGCUGAUUUAGCCUUAAAAGUAUAAAUAAAUUAAUAAGCUCAGGGCAUAAUCUAAAAUGCUAAUUUAAUGAAAUAAUUUAGCAUGAAAGGACCUAGCUAAAUGAUAAUUGAUGAAAGCUGCACAUCGCACUAAACAGAUGGGUUUUUUUCAUCUAUUUUCGUUUGUCCUACAAGUAUAUCAUAAUAAGCCUAUUACUUAUACGCAAUCUAUCCAUUUUAUAUGGGAAGCAUAGGUUAAUCUAGUGCUAACUUUCUUGUUUAUAGAAGCGAAAUAGAAUUUUAAUACCCCUUGAAUUAAAUUGAUAAUUAAGGCUCUUUCACUUUGAAAAUAACCCCAUAAUCACCUUCAUUUUAUGUUUAUGUCCCAUUUAUUCGUGAUACAGUAGGAGGAUAAUUAUAAUUUAACAAUCUACCUGUAAAUUGCUCAGAAAAUAAUUUCUUGUUUGCAUCUGAUCCUGCUUAUAGUGUUUUGUUUACUUUUUGUGGUUAAAAUAUUGUUCAAUAAUUUUAUAGACCUUAUAAAACUAAUGGAAUUGCGUAAAUAGUAAGCACUACAGUUAUAAGCUCGAAUUCUUAAUAGAUAACUAAUCUAAUUUGUAUCUAAGGAUUACUAUUUAUGUAUAAUAGUACAAUAAUACAAGCUUAUGAUUACAUAAACUUUGGAUUUAUUGGCUAUAUCAAUGUCCCAACUUUAGUUUAGGGUACAAUUUAAUAACUGACUUUGUUUAAGAACUCCUUUUUGAUAACUGUUAUUUCCAAUCCUCUCACUACAAUUGCUUAAUAUUCAUAUAAUGGCUUUAAGACUAACACUCCAACCUUUAUGAGAAAUUUGUAAAUCGAUAGUGAUCAUCCUGUGAGCAGUUAAGGAAUAAUCAUACCUAAGAGACAGACAGAAAAUGAAUUCGCUUAUGUUUUAUCAACAAAAACAGAUAUUUAUUAUAUGUAUAGGAUAAAUAGUAAGUAAUGGUCUAAUUAACUCUACACGACUUUAACAUUUAAUCCUAGCUAAGCAGUAGUAGCUUCUAAUCUAUUAUAUGUUAUGAACCCAGAGUCUUAUACAGGUAUACUUCCAGAAGCAAGUAUUUUAUGUUAAAUAGGAUUAAAUGAAACUGAAUUUACUUCAACCUUAUCUCAUAUCGCCUAAAUUUAAAUUUCAUUAAUGGAUUCAAGUAAAUAAAGUAAGAGUUAAUUAAAGCUACUCAAAGAGUAAUAAAUAAAAAGAAUUACUCAGAACUCAGGUUAAAAGUUGUUGUAAGAAACCAGUUCAUUAUUAAUUACUAAUGUAAUUAAUAGAGAUGCUAGCACAUAAUAUGGUGUUGUUAAUAACCAAGCAAGUACUUUGAAUUAAGUAAGAACUUAAAUACAAGACACCAAUUAUGUUAGUGGAUAAGUUUUCUAUUUUGAAGACUGGUAAACAUUCAAUGCAUGCUUAUUAGGUUGGUAAAGUGACUCAAUUUCUGAAGUAGUUUAGAGAAUGUCAAACACAAACAUGCCACAAUAGAAUUAGGCUUUUACAAUUUAAUAUAAAUACAAUGCUACUAUAGAGUAAAAUUAAAUUAAAAGCGUCUUCUUUACGAUCCAAGGGUAAUUUAAUGGAUGCGCUGUUUUAGAUGAUAAUGGAUCUUUUUAAAUCGACUAAUAAUAAAACUAUCAAUUCUAAUUAUACAUCGUUUGUAUAAAUUAAAUCAAGCAAUAUCAAAUAAAUUACUAAUAUAAUUAGACUUCUGGACUAAUAAUUAAUACCGGUGUUUCUGCCCCGAAUAUUUAUUAGCUUAAUUAGUAAAUACCUAUUCCCUAGAUUUAAAGAAUAAUUAGUGCUAAUAAUUAGUUAAAUCUGUAUUAUAAAGGAUAAGCUUAAAUUUCAUUGAUCACUUUAGAUAAUAUUAGUAAAUAAGCUAAUAUUAUAUAGUAAAAAUACUCAUACUAUUCUCAAAAUAGUAUUUACUUUUUAUUUUAAUUCAACCUUUAAGUAACAAUUUAUCCUACUGGUAUAAUCUAGUCCUAAGUGAGAUCAACAGAAAAUAUCGAUGUCUAUGAUUUAGCAACUCUUUUGUAGCAAUUUAAUUUUAUUUUACCAGAAAAAUAAUUUAUUUUAUCAAUCGAGCAGUACACAGACACUUAAUUUAGAAUCGCAAUUGAAAAUAAUUAUAUCUAUGAUGUAACUUUCUUAUUAAAUAGUAGUGGAUAAUUAGUAAUAAGUUAAGCUUAUUAGUACUACUACUAAGAUGCUUUUCCUAACUAUAUUUCAGGAUUUAAAGGUUCUAAAUAUACUUUAUUCUUUGGAUACUAUAGCGACACUCUGCAGAAAAUAGCUUUAUAUUCUAAUUCUAUUUAAUAACAAGGUAUAUUCCUCAUAUAAUCCACAAUUGAAUAAUCUUAAAAAAGUAUGUUAUACCCUUAAUGCAUCUGGGAAAUAAAUUCUAAUCUAAUUUAAGUUUAGUAUUCAAACGGCAUAUUAGAGCAAAUAAGCAUAUCUGAUAACCUAGGAAUAAAGAUAUUUUUUAACAAAUCUUCUGUAUUGAAUACUGUAUAAACGAAUAUAGCACCUAUUGGAUAAUAAGAUCCUAAUAAUCUUAUAACAUUUGCCUUUUAAGGAAGUUCAACAAAUAAUUCUUUUGGAAUUAUUUCGUUAUUUACAAUUAUAAAUUUAAUAAAUAUCAUCAUAUAUUUAUUUUGA